CCUGCCCCGACGUCGCUUUCCUCUCUCCUCCCGUCUUCUGGCUACUUGACCUGGCCUGGAUUCUCUCCCAUUGCCAUUGUGCAGCCAGCCGUCUGCCGCGCCAAUGCCCUCUGCCGCAGGGCACGCCUGAGUCGCAGCGUCUUUCCCUUUCUGACUUUCAGUGUCCUGUCGUCAUCUCCCAUUUGCGGCGCCAUAACGAGGACCCUGCCUGGCGAAUCUGAAGCACAUCAUAAGCACAGAAUACUCUGGCACCUGGAACCGAUCGACGAUUGAUUGACCUGUCGCAACGAUGCCACCCAAGUCCAGGUUCACAAGGCUCGAUGCCUUCACCAAGACGGUCGAGGACGCGCGCAUUCGCACCACGAGCGGUGGUAUCGUCACCAUCGUCUCGCUGCUAGUCGUGCUGUUCUUGGCCUGGGGAGAAUGGGCCGACUAUCGCCGUAUCGUGGUACACCCCGAGCUAAUUGUGGACAAGGGCCGAGGAGAGCGCAUGGAGAUCCAUCUCAACAUCACCUUCCCCAAGAUGCCAUGCGAGCUUCUGACCCUCGAUGUCAUGGACGUAUCUGGAGAGCAGCAGCACGGCGUCGCGCAUGGUGUUAAGAAGGUCCGCCUCCGACCGCAGUCCCAGGGCGGCGGCGUCAUCGACACCAGGUCGCUCGCCCUCCACGAUGAAAAGGCCGAGCACCUCGAUCCGAAAUACUGCGGCGAGUGCUACGGCGCCACGGCCCCAGCCACGGCAAUCAAGCAAGGCUGCUGCAACACCUGCGACGAGGUCCGCGAGGCGUAUGCCACCCAGGGCUGGGCGUUCGGCCGCGGCGAAGGCGUCGAGCAGUGCGAGCGCGAACACUACGCCGAGAAGCUGGAUGAGCAGCGGGAGGAGGGCUGCCGCAUCGAGGGCGAUCUGACGGUGAACAAGGUCGUGGGUAAUUUCCACCUUGCGCCCGGACGCAGCUUCAGCAACGGCAACAUCCACGUGCACGACCUCAAGAACUACUGGGAUACGCCCAACGGCCAGAAGCACGACUUUACCCACGUCAUCCACCAGCUGCGCUUCGGGCCACAGCUCCCCGAGGCCAUCAAGCAAAAGCUGGGUGGCGCCAAGGCGAUGCCCUGGACCAACCACCACGUCAACCCUCUUGACGGGGUCAAGCAGGAGACCCAGGACCCCAACUUCAACUACAUGUACUUUGUCAAGAUCGUGCCGACGUCUUACCUGCCUCUUGGAUGGGAGAAGCAGAUGCAGAAGCUGGUUGGCAUCGACGGCAGCGCUGACGGCAGCGUCGAGACUCAUCAGUACUCGGUCACGAGCCACAAGCGGAGCCUGACCGGCGGCAACGACGCCGCCGAGGGCCAUGCCGAGCGACAGCACUCCCGUGGAGGUAUCCCAGGUGUCUUCUUCUCAUAUGACAUUUCGCCCAUGAAGGUCAUCAACCGUGAGCAGCCGGCCAAGACGUUCCUGGGCUUCCUGGCUGGGCUUUGCGCCAUCGUAGGCGGCACGCUGACGGUCGCCGCCGCCGUGGAUCGCGGCCUGUUUGAGGGCACCACCCGACUUAAAAAGUUGCGCACCAAGGAUAUGUGAGGGGCCGCGGCGAUGGCUCGGGAUUGUACAAGGGUUGUAUUUGCGACGACAAGUGUGGGUAUGCAUACAGGCUCAGGCGUUUUGGACUAGGUAUCAAUGUUGAACUGGGAGGGAAGCCAAACGGUGUUGAACGGGGUUGGGCGGUGGUUGGACAGAGGAGGCCACGCUGAAAAUGAUUUCUCUCUCGCGGCGGCGCAAUCUAUGCGUGGUGUUUGGCGAAUUCCCAGUGGUUUGGGUUCCGUGUGUGAGGCUCAACCGUGAUAUAUCGAGAGGCCAGCAAGGUACUAGGUACCUAUAGCAGGUGAGGUAGUACCUUAAAUGCUUGGUUGGGUUGGUAAGGCCGGAA